CCUCACGUGACUUUCUAAGCACUAUCGAAUGCAGCACUCGGACAGAAUUUAUUUCUUUUACAUUUGGAUUGAUUUGCUCAUUUUAGCUGGUUUGGAGACGCCGAGGACAAAGUGCGGAAGUCACUCGGGCAUCCGAGAUGCCGUCCAACAAAACUGUGUCCGAGGCGCCCAUCAUUCAGCUGAUCAACUGCAGAAUCCUCAGAGACCACCGAAUACAGAGGGAGGACCUGUGGGUUCGCGAAGGAAAAAUCCUAGACCCCGAGAAGCUCUUCUUUGAUGAGCGAGCGUACGCCGACGAGCGGGUGGACUGCAGCGGCGCCAUUUUGGCACCCGGCUUUAUUGACGUGCAGAUCAACGGAGGUUUUGGAGUCGACUUCUCUCAACCAUCCGAGGACGUCGGCGCCGGUGUUUUGUUGGUGGCGCGGAAGCUUCUGGAGCACGGCGUCACGUCCUUCUGCCCCACGCUGGUCACGUCACCACCGCACGUCUACCAUAAGGUUCUUCCUCAGAUCAAAGUCCAGCACGGCGGUCCCCACGGUGCAGGCAUCCUGGGCGUCCACCUAGAAGGCCCCUUCAUCAGUGCCGAGAAGAAGGGCGCCCACCCCGAGCGCUUCCUGCGCAGAUUUUCAGCCGAGGGCGCAGCGUCCGACCUGAUGGAGGUCUACGGCGGCCUGGGUGGCGUCGCCGUGGUGACGCUGGCACCCGAGCUGGAGGGCAGCCAGGCAGCCGUAGCCGAGCUGUGCCGCAGGGGCGUCACCGUCUCGCUCGGGCAUUCAGUGGCCAACCUGUCACAAGCCGAGGAUGCCGUAUGCCACGGCGCGUCCUUCAUCACGCACCUCUUCAAUGCUAUGCUGCCGUUCCACCACCGAGACCCGGGCAUCGUGGGCCUGUUGACAAGCGAGCACAUCCCGCCGGGAAGGACCGUGUACUACGGCAUGAUCGCCGACGGCAUCCACACCAACCCGGCCGCCCUGCGCAUUGCCCACCGCGCUCACCCCGCAGGUUUAGUACUGGUGACAGACGCCAUUGCGGCCAUGGGCCUUCCCCCGGGACGACACACACUUGGCCAACAAGAAGUUGAGAUCUGCGGCCUGCAAGUUUUUGUAGCAGGCACACAGACGCUAAGCGGCAGCAUCGCCAGCAUGGACAUGUGCGUCCGGCACUUCAGACACGCCACGGCCUGCAGCAUAGAAGCAGCUCUGGAAGCGGCGUCGCUGCACCCCGCGCAACUACUGGGAAUCAGCCAGCGCAAAGGAACGCUUGACUUUGGAGCGGACGCAGACUUCGUGUUGCUGGAUGACGAUCUAAAUGUAAAGGCCACCUUCAUCUCCGGUCAGGAAGUCUGGAGGAAAAGCACCAAAGAUGAACAACAUUGAACGAACAUUGACAUUUGAUUAAGUAUCAUUUUUCUUCUAAUGGAUUUUUAUCGUACCAUGAAAAAAAAGAGUUUUCUUCUCGUGCGGGAAGUGCAUUAUCCGGAUGGUGUCGCGCGACUUCCCGUGAGGCUGCGGCGGGCGUGGCCACACAUGAGCGAGAACCAAAAGAUCUGGAGGGGCCACAGCACACACGCCCCCACGCUGCAUGGCCACGGGGCCCCAAGGACCGCCCGGUAAAAGGGCACCUGCGCGUACCUGCCGAAUUAUGUACAUUAUUAGGAGUAUGUGUUGUGGUAGUUAGUAAAAUUAAACUUUUGACUAAAAACAACCAAUGACGGCGAUAGACGUCCAAUCCAUUUGGGCUGAGGGUGGCUGGCAGCGAUCGUUCCAUGGAAUUGGACGUCUAUUGCCCUCAAUGGCACAGAAAAGUCAUCAUUCUCCGCCAGCCCUUCCCAGUUCAGCUUUUAAUAGCUACCACAGCACAUACAACAGCAAAAAAUAAGUUAAUAAUCCCUCCUAUAAAAUUUUUUUUAGAAAGAAUCAUUUUGUAUUUUAUGGAACUACCUUGACACUUUGAAAUAAACAGCUUUUG